GAGAGAAGAUGCUAGAUGUGGUACGAAGUACCCUCCACCACGCACCGUAUGGUGGAUUGCGAAAUAACCUUGAAAGUCUUGAAAAACGGGUGAAGCUCUUCUUUGCAGCAGCGCGGAGAAUGAAAGCACAUGAGAAAGACCGUGAAUAUCAGCUGAUAUGCCAAGACUAUAUAAGAACACUGGACUUUGCAGAUGAAAAAGUGGCAAUGGCUACCCAGAUGCAUGACUUGGUGGAAAGAUACUUGAGAAAACUGGACCAGGAACUUCUCAAAUUUAAAUAUGAACUGGAAGCAGAUCAUCAAGGAAUUACAGAAGUAUUAGAAAAGAGAUCUUUGGAAAUGGACCAACUAUCUGUCACAAAGCAACAGAAGGACAACUAUAAUUUGACAGUUCCAAGGGCUACACAUUAUGAAAAGAAACUUGAAUCAGUGUCAACGGCACAUGCAGCAGAGAAAAGAAUGGGUGUUGAAAAAUCGUUACCAGUUCCAGACCAACGUCAGUCAGCUACAGUUUCAGGAAGGGUGACUCCUUCUACUACUCCUGCAAAUACAUCAAAUGUGGGAUACAAUUUAGGUCACAUAGGAGCAGGUGGAAAUGCUAUUGCAGCUGCUGCUUCUCAGGCUAUAGCUGCAACCCAAAAGAUGCAGCAGGGACGCCGAACUGCAAGCCUGAAGGCUUCGUAUGAGGCCAUAAACAUAGGUGUCCACGCUCAUGAAUUCAGUAUAGACAAAGAGCUGGCUGGUGCAGCUCAGACUGCUAUUGCAGCAAUUCAGGAGACAACAAAGAAACAAAAAAAGAAAUCAUCGCAUGCUUCAUCAAAUCAAGGUGCAAGUUCCAAUGCAUCAGCUGUUUCAAAUUCUGUGCAUCAAACACUUACCCUUGUUGAAGAACCGAUAGCGACAAAUGAAGUGACAGCAGUUGACAAUUCUGAUGGCAAUGAUUGGGAAUAUGAUCCAAAUGAACCAAGAUACUGUAUUUGCAAUCAAGUUUCUUAUGGCAACAUGAUAGCAUGUGAUAAUGAAGAUUGUCCAUUUGAAUGGUUCCAUUAUGCAUGUGUGGAUGUGAAAACCCCACCUAAAGGAAAGUGGUAUUGCCCACAGUGCACUUCAAGAAAGAGGCGGCGCAGUUCACGGAAGAAUUAA